GUGAUGGUGGUGGUGGAGGGGGGAGGGAGAUUUUCUCAGACUCUGAACAGAAGCCUGCCUCACUCCAUCGCAGUUACUGCCUGUGCCGUCCCUUUACGCAGAGAGCAUUACGCAUCAGUGGACUAUAGAGCGAGGACCCCGCGCACCACCGCACGUUUUCGUCCCGAAAGUCCUUUAGGAAACCCGCAUCACUCAUCCCUCCCGGACUGUUUUUGGACUUAAAGGCAUCCCGCGUUUUCCGACAAGUCUGGACAACUACUCUUCUUCCUCCCUCCCCCCUUUUUUUCUACCCUUGGAUCUAUAGCUCCCCGAACAGCGCGCUCCUGUGCUUUAAAAUGCAAGUCGGACGCAAAUCGUGUUGGAGGCAAUUGCAGGCUUCUUUUUUCAGACUGCUGUGUCUUAUCCCCACAGGAUUCCCCGUCCGGAGUGUGGAUAUGCAGCGGGCCACCGACAACAUCACCAUCCGCCAGGGCGACACAGCGAUCAUAAGGUGUUAUGUGGAUGACAAAGUGUCCAAGGUGGCUUGGCUCAAUCGAUCCAACAUCAUCUUUGCUGGCCAGGACAAGUGGUCCCUGGACCCUAGAGUAGAUCUGGUCACUAAAGGACAGCUGGAGUACAGCCUGCGCAUACAAAAGGUGGAUGUGUAUGACGAGGGGUCGUACACCUGCUCCAUACAGACUAAGCAGCAGCCCAAGACCUCACAGGUCUACCUCAUUGUACAAGUUCCGGCCAACAUCUACAAGGUGUCAGAGGACAUCACAGUGAAUGAGGGCAGCAACGUGACACUCAGUUGUUUGGCCAGUGGCAGGCCGGACCCUGCAAUCACCUGGCGGCUGCUCAACCCCUCAGCAGAGCCGUUGGAUGGAGAAGAGUACUUGGAUAUUAUAGGUAUCAUGCGAAACCAAGCAGGUCGCUAUGAAUGCAAGGCCAGCAACGACGUCGCCACGCCUGAUGUCAAAUAUGUCAACGUGGUUGUCAGCUACCCUCCGACAAUAAAGAAAACCCAGAGCUCAGAGACUCAAGUGGGCCGCAUAGCGACACUGCAGUGUGACGCCACCGCUGUGCCUACGCCAGAGUUUGAAUGGUACAGAGACGAAAAAAGGCUGUCCAAUGCCCAGGGCAUCAAUAUCCAGAUUCUUGGCACUACAACUACUCUUGUGAUUGCCAACGUCACUGAAGAGGAUUAUGGGAACUAUACCUGUGUGGCCUCGAACCGACUGGGUGUCCAGAAUGCCAGUCUUUUCCUCUAUAGACCCGGGACAGGUCGAGAUAUCAACGGCUCUGCCUGUGUAGCUCAAUCACUGUGGCUCCUGCUGGCCUCCUUCGCCUGCCUUUUCUUCAAGUGUUAAUACCACUGCCCUCCUCUUCCACUUCUCCCCCCUCCUGGCCUUUCUUCCUCUUCCUCAUCCUCCUUCUCUCCAACUCACCGACAUCCUUAUUGCUACCUUAUUACCAACUUUACUGCUCCUGCCCCCCCACCCCCAGACUGUUUGCAUCAUGAUACAAAAACCUUACAUGCUCUCGGGCACUGCUUACAGAUAUUAUGAAAGUGAUGGGUUAUGAGUAUAAUGUUAUAAGAACCACAAAAAAAGUGAAAUGAAGGACAGGACAAGCAAACAGUGCUCUUUUAAAGAAUUGCAUUGUUCUUUUUAAUUCGUAUGCACUUCUUUGUUUCUGCUAUAUCUUGUCUUCGGGGUCUGGAACAGGUUUGGGAUUUUUUUUUUUUUUUUGUCUUCAUGGGAAAGCAGAGGCACCCACUCACAGGGAUGCCAACAAUCAUUUGUCUCUAGAAAUACUGAAGACAUAAGUUAUAUUUCUUCUUCGUCCCAUAGAUGCGUUAUGUUAACUGAGAUAGUAGAUUUAACCGAGUGUUUAACCAGUGCAUUAAUGAGCAACAUGCAAAGUCUCUGCCAAAUAUACAUAAACUAUAUAGAUUUGAAACUAACACAUACAGAAAUCAAAGGGAAAACACUGCAGCUGAUCGUGUCAGGAGAUUAGAGGUUGAUAUUAAAGUCUGUUCUACCAUAAUCUGAUGCUACUAGACUGAAACACAGACACAGAGCAUUAGCCGGAUAUCUGUCCAAUCAAUGACACUGUUUCUAGAUGCAGCACUUGGGGUUGUUGCCGUCGAGCCCAGAAACCGAGGAUGCAGUGAAUAGAAUCGACUUGAUCCUACUGAGCUAAACCGUGCGGAGUACAAACCUGAGGGAAUUAGUUUAUCCAGUUUUAUCUGGAUAACCUACAUCUUCAUUCGGUGACUCUGCUACCACUCGCCUUUAUUCCAAAAUAGUUCCUCUUUUCUUUUGCAGCAGGAAAAGAAACACAGUAGGUUAUAAUGAUGCGUACUGUACAUAGUAAAAUUUUGUAUUUCUCUAUGAUAAGGCAACUUGUUCUGCCACUGUAACAACCGCAAACAGAGGAAGCUGUUGCAGUGUAUGUUGCUUGUUCGACAACCAACCAACCAUACUGUGCAGUUUGUCUCUGCUCCACAGCAGGCUGCACCGCAUUUAGCUGCAUAUACUGUACCACAUACAGUGUUCGCUUUUAGUUUAUGAGUUUUAGGAUCAUUCUUCUAUACUGCUGGAAUUUGGAUAACAAUGUAUGACACCAAUGAAUGACUUACUUUUUAGUUUUCUCUUUCAAAGAAGUGUGCGUGUUUUAAUAUGAAAUGAUACAGAAAAAUUCAUAAUAUAUUGAUAUUGAGGUUAUUUUUUUCUGUCUUUACCUCAUUCAUUUUAGUUGUGUGUACAUAUAUAUACUUGAAUCCAAUGUCCUUAUACUAUAUGAAAAGGCAAAUUUUAUGUGUCCAUGUUUCUGAAUAGGGUAGCAAUUUGUUGAGGAUGAAUACUUGUAGAUCUCUUGAACUGGCAACCCUGCUCUAUCAUGUGAACCGAAACCCAUUAGAAAAAUUCUGUUUCUUUCUUUCUUUCUUUAUUUUUUUUUAAAGCAUAAAAAGAAGAUAGUUUUGUGCAGUUAUUAUUGUACCUAUCCUUGAGAUGAUAUAAUAAGUGCUGGCUUAAAUGAUGUUAUAGGGAAUGGAAUGCUAUGUUUAGCUUGUAAUGCUCUGCCAUGUACCAGGAAUUCAAUGUGAGAGCUGCGAACAAAUGCUUAUUCUCCUCAGUGGCCACCAAGGCCACUGUGCUGAUAUUGGCAUCUCUAACAACCAUUAUAUUACAUGUCCUACAGCAAAUUUUCCCAUCACACCUCGCCAAUCACUGGAUUUUUUUUUUUUUACCUAAUGAGCAAAAUGGUUGAAUGCCAAUAUUUUGUAAAAGAAGAAGACCUUUCAAACAGUGCAGUUCUUUCAGGAAACAUCUCAGACGUCAUUCCUGUUGUGAAAAGAAUUGCUGAAACUGGUGCACUAUUAGCUGCCUUUUCUUGCCAUUUCUUUUGACCUGCUGUGAGGUGACUAAUAAUGUGCGGACUUCGGUGCCCAGCUCAGCUUCUCGACUGGAUGUGUGUUCACGUCUCUGCUCUUCUAACAACCAAGCUGAGAUAGUACUAGUACUGUAAAACACACAUGUAAUUACUGUCAUCCUUGUCAUUAAAGAAAUUGUCCCCAGUGUUUUCAUUGUAAAUGCUUCUGAGGCUGUGGUUGUGUGACUUUUUGUAGUAUUGGUGAUGCCAUCUGAUCCAGUCUAACUUCCAUGUAGGGGAAACAGUAUAAGCAGAGCUGCACAGAGACUGAAACAGGCCAAAAUUUCAAACAGAGCUGAAGCAUUUAAACAGUUAAAAUAAACAAUGUGUCUAUCAUCUCUAUUAACCACAACACAAACAAUAUCUUACAAUCAGAUUUCUCAGUCUAGGAAGUGAUCAGAACGCUGCUUUAUCCUGUCAUCAUCUUGCUUUAUUUUAUUUUUAUUUUUUAAUUGAUUUUCUACGACUGAACAACUCUGCUGUAUCCACUUUAAUGUGGAUUAACUUGACUCAUGAUGUUUUUCUACUACAUUGGUAUUUCUGCUGACUCUCGUACUGCUUUUUAAGCCUCUGGCUACCCGUACAUGGGGAUGCCAGUUUGUCAGCAACCGUUAUCUCCUUACUGUAGUAAGAAGUGAAUGAUCUGGAAGCUUUAGUGAAAAAAAGUUCUUCAUGAUCAGUUUGCAUGAGAGUGGUCUGUGCUACAUGUCUAUUUCAGUAAGUCAGUCUGUCUCACUAUGUGUUGUGUAAGGGAAAAAAAAAAACUCAGGGCAGAGCAAGGCUGGCCUUGGGCAGACUCUCAGACAAACAUUUUUUUUUUUUUUUUUGGUUAUUUGUUUUGUUUGCUGGAGGAGACCCUGGCAGACAACCACAGCAGGGUCAAACAUCUCCAAAUUGUUCUCGGCAUUCAUUUUAACCUGCUUGGAAUGCAUCACACAUAGAGUUCACUGCAUCAAGAAAAAUACAGUGAUGAAUCCUACAAGGAUGCUACAGUAAAUUGACUGUCAUUGUCUAAACUUUCUACCAUUCAGGUGAUUUUCAUGUGGAUGUCCAAGUGUGUCCAUGCAGGUUAAAACCAGCCAAUAAGCACUGACUGAUACUAAGACCACUUAUGUAAAAGCCAUGGAGCUCUGUCUUAUCCAUAAAGCAGAAAGAAAUAAGUACUACUAUCCUUCCAUUGCUCAAAGAGACCAACAGCCAGCCUAUGGACACAACACCGACCCCCCCCUGUAGACAGACGUGGAUAUCUACUGAAGACUGUAGAUACUGCUACCUAGUUUACUCUUGAGCAUUGCCUCAAAACAUGACCAUUGCUUCACUGUACAAAACUGGCUUAUGUAUGUGCGCGUGUGUAUUCUGAUCCUGAUUCUGUUCAUUAUUAAUAACCUACCUGAAAAGUUAACAUGCGGCAUGAGAUACAUGACAAGUUGGCCAAACAGCUAACUUUCUCCUUUUCGUUGAGCUAUGGUUACAGUAGUAACCCUCUAUUUUAAAUUUAGAUUCUUUUUUUUUUCUUUUCCUUCUCUGUGUGUAUAUACAGUGUGAUGUUUCUACACUAGAAUGUUGUAAAGUCAGCAAAUCCAUAAGAUCGUGUUUAUACAACGCAACAUUUAAAGAUUUAAAAAGCAAAUGUAACUAUCACGUUUGUACUUCCCUUCCCUUUGUCAUGGGAAAUUAAGGUUCAAUCAUGGAUUAUGACACAGCAAUGUCCCAUUUUUGUUAUGUUUUUUUUCUGUUUUAUUUUACUUUAUUAUGGCAUAAGGUAAUUGCAGUCAGUUUCUAAAAAAAUGAUAUGUAAUAAAGGUAUAUGAGAAAAUGUUCAUAACACAAAAUAAAGUUGUUUGAAUUCAA